AUGGCAGACAAUGGAGCUGAAGGCGCUGAGCUUCAAGCCGGCAGGAGUUAUCCGAUGAUGACAAUGGCGACGGCGGCAUUGCUGUUGUUACCGCUGGCCUUGGUGCUUAAGAAGCUCCUGUAUCCCAACUUCGAUCCUCGCGAACCUCCUGUGCUCCGCCCAAGGCUUCCAGUCCUCGGGCAUAUCAUUUCUCUCGUCAGGGAGUCGGGCAGCUUCUAUGCCAGAUUGUACAAAGAAAAGCCGAUGCCGAUUUGCACAUUGCCCAUAUUGCACGGCAAGAUGUACGUGGCUAACUCGCCCUAUCUGAUCGCAGCGGCGAUGUGUCACGGAGACAUCUCUUUCGAGCCUUUCCUAAUCGAAGCCUCGUCGGUCGUGCUGGAUCUCCCAAAGCAUCACCACGACAUCUUUCUACAACCGGGAGUCCUGGGACAGGUUGGAAAAACGAUGGCGUCAAACCUAAGACAGGAGGCGCUGCAAAAGAUGAAUUAUGCUGCUUUAGAAUAUUUGGCAGGGGUGUUGAAUACAAUCAACCUCAUGAGCGCACUCGAAUUGCCCGAUUGGUUUCAAUGGAUCAAGGGCACCUUAUCCAUGGCGACAGCGACUGCUUUGUACGGGAAUGACAACAUGUGGGAUGCCGAGAAGCUUGAGGAUCUCUGGACAUUUGAGAAAGGAAUGGGGCUUUUGAUGAUGAAGAUUGCGCCGAAUUUGGUUGCCCCCAAGGCUGUCGCUGCCCGAAAGCGGAUGAAAGAUCUCAUAAGGCCCUUCUAUGAGGCACAGAAAGACGAGAAUUCGAACGUGGCGAAGAUUCUUCAAGACCGGGCCAAGUAUUUCCGUGAGCUGGGGAUGCCAUCUGAGGAUCUCUCCCAAAUUGAGUUUCUCAUUCCUUUUGCCGCAACCUUGAAUACGGCGCUGAACCUGUUCUGGACCUUUGCCGAGGUGUUCUCGAGGCUAGAGUACACUGAGCGUAUCCGGCAAGAAGUUCUCCCAGUGGCCGUGGUGACGAGGAGUGAAACAGGGCGAGACGUGACAAUCGACGCUAAAAGCCUGGAGGCAGACUGCCCCUUCCUGGUCGCCUGCUUCCGCGAAGUUCUGAGAUUGUACAGUGCGCAAAUAGGAAACCGAAGUGUCAUGAAGGAUGCGACUCUAGAAGACGCGGAUGGUCGUCAAUACCUGUUGAAGAAGGGCACAAACAUGCAGUGGUCGGCGAGCGUCACUCACUUUAUGCCGGAGAUUUGGGGCGAUGACGCCGCCUCUUUCAUGCCGGAGCGAUUCGUUGACGUCGAACCCCAGGAGGAGAAACGGAGACGUGGGGCACUGAUCCCGUUCGGAGGAGGCCGUCAUCUAUGUCCCGGCCGGUACUUUGCUCAAACAGAAACCCUCGGGUUUGUCAGCGUGCUGGCUCUUGGAUUCGACGUGGACGGAGUCAAGGUUCCUGCGGCGGAAGCCCCGCCCCUUGGUGGAGCGACGAGACGGCCCGCGAGAAACCGGGUGGGCGAGAGUAUCAAGAUUUCGCGGCGCAAGGGCUGGGAAGACGUGACAUGGAGAUUCCUAUGUUAG